AUGAGUGCUUCUCCUACAGUCUCUUUCGCAACGAGCGAUGUCGAAAUCGAUCUCGCCGCCAUGUUUGAAGACUCGAUCGAUAUUGCUCGAGAUGUUGUUAAGGGAGUGAUUUUAAAGCAUUGUAAUGCUCCGUUGGAUGGCCAAAAUAUUUGUUUCGCAGCUCAACAUAUACUUGCCGGAGAUGACAGAUAUAAUAGAGUCCUCACCAUGCGAGAAUCAGAUUCGUCCGCAGACACAAUGGUGCAGAGUAAUAUUGUUCAGCUUCCAUACUCCGGAAACACAAUAGGUCCUACUUUCCAUCCAUCGACGAUGGGUCAAAUGGCUCAAAUGACUCAAACAAAUUCACCCUUGACUAUGAGCAAUAUUAAUUCUCACCUCCAUCGUGAAAAUUCAAUGCAAAAUCCCAAUAAUUCCCAAUUUCGACCUCAGUCCUCCUUCUCUGUCGCUCAAACUCAAUCCCGAGCCCAAACCGAACUUCUCCAGGUUUCGAAUUUACUACAAGGAGGCAACAAUUACCACCAACAAACAUACCCCUCUAACAACAAUCUACAUUCACUCUCUUCGAUCCGGCGCCCACACCAACUGCCACAAGUCUCAUGCAGUAUCAAGUAUCCACAUAGUAUGGGCGAUCUCUUCUCUCGAUCCGAUUCAAUUCUUGCAUCGCAAAAUAUCAACCCCACGAAUCGAAGCAAGUUUCAACGGCAAAUGAUCUCCGAACUACAAGACUCUCAAAAUCUCGCAAACCCACACAAUCCAAAUAGCUCCACAGCGCACGUCGGGCAAGGCUCCUCCUCCACUUUGGAAAGAUCGAGUUCGAACGGUUCACUUUCAUCCAAUUUGUCGUUACCACCUUUGGCCCCAGCGCAAAGAUCCCCACAUACUGACAGUUUACUGAUUGUCGAAUCUCGAUCUACCACGCAAAGUCGCGCAGAAACACCACUAGACUUGGAAAUGGCCAAAAAUACCAACUCGAAGAAGCGCAGAGCUCAAACAGGUGACCGAAAAGCCACCGCGAAAAAGGCAAAGACGAGCAAGGGUGAAAAGGCGGAUAAGUUGGAGCUAAUGAAGGAUAAAGCCAAAUAUAAUCUACCAGGUACAAUUUGGAUGCGAAUUCUCGAAUUUUGUCCUCCCAUAUUCCUCCGAAAAGCUCGUUUCGUCAGCAAAGAAUGGAAGAGCUGGGUUGAGGACUUUUCAUCCAUCCAUGUCAAUUGCCGAAAGGAGAACUUUGGUUUCAAUUUACCUGAGCACAUCCCGGGUUUAUCAGCAAAGCAAUAUGUUGAUCUUUUGGGUGGAAAAGGCUGCAUGGAACCUGGUUGUAAAAACAAAGACGCAAGCAGAACACAUUGGGCUUGGAAGAAGAGGUGGUGCCUCUCCUGCUGGAAGGAAAAGAUUGAGAGAGAAGAUCGUAUCCAGAAACACCGCCAACUCCAAUACACCCGACCCGUCAUUGACAAACUACUCGAGUGCAUCCCGGUUAGCAUGUACGAUUCCUUUGGUAAACCUCAUGAUUACGUCGAAGAUGGACCUCAAGCUUUGACAAAUCAAUUGGCGACGCACCGAUUGUACAAAUACUACCUGAUUGUCGACGUCGAUAACAUCAUCAAGGAAUAUGAGGCUCUCACUCCUGAACCAUUUCGUGAGGAUCCUACCCAUGAUGCUCAACAAAAAGCUACCGCACGCCAGAUUUGGGAGGACAAGAUGGCCAAAUUGGACGAAGAGCGUGAUAAGUUCUUUGAAGCGAAGAAGGCCGAGAACGACAAACUCAUGCAACUCGUAAUACAAAUUGAAGCUGCAAUUCGCGAGAGGAGAGCAAAAGGUCGCAAGCCGAACGAUGCCAAUCGUGAGAGCCGGAGGACUCUCUUCCUUAACUUAGCGAAGCGUGAUCUCCCUGAAGUCCCGGAGGAAUUCAUUAUAAAUACCAAAGCAUUCAAGGCAGCUGUUCGCAUUUUCAGAGAUGGUGGCUCGGAGCGAGGUUGGAGAACUUUGAAGCCAAAGAUUGAAGGAGAAUACGCGAGUUCAAAAAAGAAAGAUCAACAGGCUCCCAAUCCUGCAACCAAUACACCAUGCCGAUCCUCAGGACAAGACAUACAAAUGACUGGCCACGACCUCGGGAACUUUGAGCUGGACAAUGAUGAUUUUCACCAACUUGGUCACGGAGGCCUUCAACAAAAUCUUCAGCAAACUCAACUUCAAGGAUUUCAACUUCAAAAGUCUACAGCAUUUACAAGUAACAAGUCUCUUGGCAUGAAUCACUCUGGUGGCUCACUCGGAUUCAGAACCAAUUCCAUGGCUACAGGAUCACGUUCAGCAAAUAAUCCGGCCGCGGCAUUUCUUAGUGGUGGAUCAAUCUUUGUGAACCAACCCUUCGGCAACAGUGCCUCUGCUCUACCCAUGGUUAUGAAUUCAAUGGGCAAUGGGUCUUUUAGCAAUAAUGGUUCUUCUGCCAGCUCAUUGAACAAUGUUUCUCACAUGAAUAAUGACUUUUCUACCAAUUCGUUGGCCCCUCUUUCUCAAAUCAACAAUGGCUCUUCCGUUGGUUCAUCGAACAAUCUCCCUCGCGGCAGUAACGGCUUUUCCAACGGCUCAAUGACUGCCCUUUCUCAGAACAAUAACGGCCGAAGCAUGGGUUCAUCGAGCAACACAUCUUUUGGUAAUAUCAACUUUAUGCCCCAUCGCUCUCAGAACAUUAACGGUACCUCUAUUCGUUCAUCGAACAAUAUUUCUUUUGGGAAUAAUAGCUUUACUACUGGCUCAUUAAAUCAAAUCUCUCAAAGCAAUAAUGGGUCUUCUGUCAAUCCAUCGAGCAAUCUUGCUAGCUACAACAAUGCUUUCAACUCCGGCUCGUUGACCCAUUUUGCUCAAAACAACAGUGGCUCAUCGCUAGUCCCUAGUCAUUCGCUAAACUACGCUUCUCAAAACGGCAACGCUUUUUCUGCCAACUCAUCGAGUCAUCUUUCUCAAACCAACAACAGCUCAUCACUUGUGCCUGGUAAUCCGUCAAAUGUUGGGUCAUCGUCUACUCCACGAAGUGCCAUGGCUAUUUCUUCCAUUAUCACAGGAACCCAACCCCAAAGUAACUGA